CAGUUUGCCGACCAAAAGCAGGAGUUCAACAAGCGCCCCACGAAGAUCGGUCGCCGCUCGCUGUCCCGUUCCAUCUCGCAGUCCUCCACAGACAGCUACAGCUCAGCUGCCUCCUACACUGACAGCUCUGAUGAUGAGACCUCCCCCCGAGACAAGCAGCAGAAGAACUCCAAAGGCAGCAGUGAUUUCUGUGUGAAAAACAUAAAGCAGGCAGAAUUUGGGCGUCGCGAGAUCGAAAUUGCCGAGCAAGAAAUGCCGGCGCUCAUGGCUUUGAGGAAGAGAGCUCAGGGAGAGAAGCCCCUGGCCGGGGCCAAGAUCGUGGGCUGCACACACAUCACGGCGCAGACCGCGGUGCUCGUGGAGACGCUGGGUGCGCUGGGUGCCCAGUGCCGAUGGGCUGCCUGCAACAUCUACUCUACCCUUAACGAAGUGGCCGCGGCGCUGGCGGAGAGCGGGUUCCCGGUGUUUGCGUGGAAGGGAGAAUCCGAGGACGAUUUCGGCGGGCAUCCCAACAUGAUCUUGGAUGACGGAGGAGAUCUCACCCACUGGAUCUACAAGAAAUACCCCAACAUGUUUAAGAAGAUCAAGGGGAUAGUAGAGGAGAGCGUGACUGGUGUCCACAGGCUGUACCAGCUGUCCAAGGCCGGGAAGCUCUGCGUCCCGGCCAUGAAUGUCAACGACUCGGUCACAAAGCAGAAGUUUGACAACCUCUACUGCUGCCGAGAAUCCAUCCUGGACGGCCUUAAGAGGACGACAGACAUGAUGUUCGGAGGAAAGCAAGUCGUGGUUUGUGGCUACGGGGAGGUCGGGAAGGGCUGCUGCGCCGCGCUCAAGGCCAUGGGCUCCAUCGUGUACGUGACCGAGAUCGACCCCAUCUGCGCCCUGCAGGCCUGCAUGGACGGGUUCCGGCUCGUGAAGCUCAACGAAGUCAUCAGACAAGUGGACGUUGUCAUCACCUGCACGGGCAACAAGAACGUGGUGACCAGGGAGCACCUGGACCGCAUGAAGAACAGCUGCAUCGUGUGCAACAUGGGACAUUCCAACACCGAGAUCGACGUGGCGAGCCUGCGCACCCCCGAGCUCACCUGGGAGCGGGUGAGGUCCCAGGUGGACCACGUCAUCUGGCCCGAUGGGAAGAGGAUCGUGCUGCUGGCGGAGGGCCGCUUGCUGAACCUGAGCUGCUCCACGGUGCCCACCUUCGUGCUGUCCAUCACCGCCACCACGCAGGCGCUGGCUCUGAUAGAGCUCUACAACGCCCCCGAGGGCCGCUACAAGCAGGACGUCUAUUUGCUGCCCAAGAAAAUGGACGAGUACGUGGCCAGCCUGCACCUGCCCACGUUCGACGCGCACCUCACGGAGCUGACGGACGAGCAAGCCAAGUACCUGGGGCUCAACAAGAACGGGCCCUUCAAACCCAACUACUACAGGUAG